CGACGGUGUUGAGGACGUCAGGGCGCAAGUGAAUUUCGUCAGGUGUGUCGAUUCUCCGGCAGAUUUCCGUCUUUGCUGAAACGAAUUUCGAAGCAGGGCAUGAUAACUGCACACCAUGCACGGAACUGAUAUAUCCGGCACUGUGUAAUCUUCUGGAAAUGUGUGAGGAGGCAUGUGUAACGCUGGGCCAAUAGCGCGAGGACAUUUGGAUGAAUCUAGUACCGGCGCGCUCGCUAUUGGCGAGCGGCUGCUGCCGUGGUUCGAGAUGAUUGGCCGGCCAGCUCGCCGGUGCCUGCUAUAUCCCGUCGUCAUCGCGGCGGUUCCGUGACAAUCGGCGAGUUGGACGUGGUCGGUGACGUUGGCCGGAUUUGUACGUGGUUCGCCGAGACCGUGUCUUUUCUCGUCUACCGCUCACAGUACGCGGCGACGAUGAAGAACUUCUGCAUACUGGCUGUGGCGUUGUUCAUGCUGGCGGGACUUGUCUCGGCCAGCGAAAGCGAGGAGAAUGCCGGAACCGUGGAUAACGAUCUCGGCGCGAGUCGCGAGGCAUCCCGAACAGAUCACGAAGCGGUUCAAAGAGAAGAAGAGGCAAUAAAAAUAGACGGCUUAAAUAUCGCUCAGAUGAAGGAGCUGAGGGACAAAGCUGAGAAAUUUGAGUUUCAGACCGAGGUCAAUCGUAUGAUGAAACUUAUCAUUAAUUCCCUUUACCGUAAUAAGGAAAUUUACCUCAGAGAAUUGAUCUCGAAUGCAUCCGACGCUCUGGAUAAGAUCAGAUUGUUGUCCCUUACCGAUAAGAGCGUACUGGACACCAACAGUGAAUUAGCUAUCAGACUGAAGGCUGACAAAGAAAACAAGGUGCUACAUAUAAUGGAUUCUGGUAUCGGUAUGACUAAGCAAGACCUGGUGAAUAAUCUCGGGACCAUCGCAAAGUCCGGAACGGCGGAAUUUUUGGGGAAGAUGCAGGAGGCCAAGAACGCUCAAGACAUGAACGACAUGAUUGGUCAGUUCGGUGUGGGUUUCUACUCUGCCUACUUAGUUGCAAAUACUGUGGUCGUUACCACCAAACAUAACGAUGACAAGCAGUACAUUUGGGAGUCUGACAGCAGCAGUUACAGCAUCGUCGAAGAUCCGCGAGGAGAUACCUUGAAGAGAGGAACAACUGUCAGCUUGCACCUGAAGGACGAAGCGCUGGACUUCUUGGAACCUGACACGAUAAAAACUUUGGUGAAGAAGUACUCUCAGUUCAUCAACUUCCCCAUAUAUCUGUGGAACAGCAAGGUCGUUCAGGUUGACGCCGACGAGGAUGACGACGAGAAACCUGUGAAGGAGGACGCGGAAAAAGACGUUUCUGAGGACAAGACGGAGGAUGAAGACGACGCGAAGGUGGAGGAGGACGCAGAUGAGAAGAAGCCCAAGAAGAUAGACAAGACCGUUUGGGACUGGGAAGUGUUGAACGACUCCAAGCCGAUCUGGACGCUGAAACCGAGUGAAGUCGACGAUAAGGAGUACAGUGAGUUUUACAAGACGCUCACCAAGGACAAUCAAGAGCCGUUGGCGAAGAUACACUUCGUCGCCGAGGGCGAAGUUACGUUCAAGUCCGUGCUGUUCAUCCCCAAGGUACAACCGAGCGACAGUUUCAAUCGUUACGGCACCAAAUCUGACAACAUCAAGUUGUAUGUCAGGAGAGUCUUCAUUACCGACAAGUUCACCGACAUGAUGCCGAAUUAUCUGUCAUUUAUCCGCGGUAUCGUGGAUAGCGACGACCUGCCGCUCAACGUUUCCCGUGAGAAUCUGCAACAACACAAGCUGAUCAAGGUGAUCAAGAAGAAAUUGGUCAGAAAAGUAUUGGAUAUGAUCAAGAAGAUCCCCAAAGAGGAAUACGAGAAGUUCUGGAAGGAGUAUAGCACGAACAUGAAGCUGGGCCUGGUCGAUGACGUGCAGAACCGUGCAAGACUGUCGAAACUCUUGCUGUUCCGGUCUUCCACGCAGAAGGAGUAUACUUCCUUGGCCGACUAUGUCUCCCGUAUGAAGCCCAAUCAGCAGCACAUCUACUACAUCGCCGGAUCGUCGGAAGACGAGGUGAGGAAGUCGCCGUUCGUUGAGCGCCUCGAGAAGAAAGGCUACGAAGUGCUGCAACUGUCCGAGGCAGCGGACGAGUACGCGAUCUCGUCACUGUCCGAGUUCGAAGGCAAGAAGUUCCAGAACGUCGCGAAGGAGGGAUUCACGCUGAACGAGGGCGAGAAGGCGAAGGAGCGGAUGGAGCAGCUGAAGACGACGUUCGAGCCGCUAGUCAAGUGGCUGAACGAUAUCCUGAAGGAUCACAUCAGCAAGGCACAGGUGUCCGAGCGUUUGACCGAUUCGCCCUGUGCCGUGGUCGCCAGCUUGUUCGGCUGGACCGGCAAUAUGGAGAGACUGGCGAUCUCGAACGCCCAUCAGAAGUCGGACGAUCCGCAGAAAUCUUACUACCUGAACCAGAAGAAGAGCCUGGAGAUCAACCCGCGUCAUCCGCUCAUCAGAGAGCUGCUACGCCGCGUCGAGGUCAACUCGGCUGAUCAGACCGCGAAGGACAUCGCCCUGAUGAUGUACCGCACGGCGAUGCUGCGGUCCGGCUACAUGCUCAAGGAGACCGCCAGUUUCGCGACCAGCGUGGAGCAUAUGAUGAGGAAGACCUUGGGCAUCUCCGUGGACGAGGUGCCCGAAGAGGAGGAGAUGCAGGAGGAGGAGGUUGCGAAUAACGACGCCGAGGAGAGGGUGUCGGACAUCGACGCUGAGGAUGAGAAGGACGAGGAGCACGAUGAGUUAUAAUGGUGGAUGAGAAUGCAAGGUGAUGGUAUUCCAGGGAAAGAAAGAGAGAGAAAGAGAGAGAGACAGACUUGAUUUAAAAUCGUGGCUGUACGAUGUACGGUUACAUUUGAAGUUUUUUCGGCUGGUCACGAUCUUGACGGUCGGUGACUCCAUGGACGUUUUUACGUACAACAAACAGCACCGGGAGUCUGUUUAAACUUUUUCAACGGAGAUCUUAAAGAAGUUUCAGUUGUUGUCGUUGAGGAACGUGUUAAAAAGCAAGUAACACGCGUGCGAUUCUUUUUUUUUCUAUGGAAAAUAUUAAAAAUAUUAAGCCAUUAAUUGUGCAUAUUGCGAAUCAUGUUUUUCAUCAAUGUUAAAAGGAAGAAAGAAAUCUAGAAAUGUAUGUGUGUAUGUAUGUAUGAAUUUAUAAUUAUGUUCAUUAGUUCUUCCACGUUUUUUAAGUAAGAGAGCACUGACUGAGCGUUACUGGUGUAACAGGAAUGUCUGAGGCAUGUAUGAGUGCAUUUGUACAUGAAAUAUAUAUUAAACAAGUUAUAUUAAAGUAAUAUAUAUAUCUAU